CCUAAAACACCGGCGCAUUUUUCCUAUUUUCCCUCCUGUUUUCCUUUCUUUUUUUGAUUCCCCGUGCAUGCCUUUUGGUUUUUCCCUCCUCCCGUCCCUGACUGUCAGUCCACGUCCAGUCCCAGUGCCCCGUUUCCGUCACUGACUCGACCCAUCCUUAUCCUCUUUCCCGCCCGCCUCCCGCCCCACGUAAAAAGCUACCUAUAUUGGCUACGCGCAAUCGCGAAUCCAUCGCGAACCACGGCUCGCGGCCCCAUUUCAUUUUUGACGACGACGAUUGGAUCCAUCUCGCGAUCCAUUCGAUAUCCCUCCUCCAUCACCCCUCAUCUUCGUCGUUGUUGAUUCAUACAUCGUGCGCGCAACGAGCCGUUCAAGAUGGGACUUCCUCUUUUCAUCGCUCCCGUCGAGUCGGACGUCCCCUCUCAGAUUGGCGACAAGUCGGAAAUGUCGCGCCAUGCCCGCUCCGCCAUUCGCCGCGCCCGCCGCAAUAUCGACUCUCGUCCUUUUCGACGUCGCGCCGCACUGCUUCGCGAUAACUUCCCCACUCCCGGACCCGAAUCCGUCGCGCGCGCCCGUUAUCCAUGGAUAGAGUCUGGUCAUCUACCACCGCCGGAGGCUUACGUCGCCCCUCCCCCGCGGACUAUGCCGCCCACGGAUGCGGAUCGGGGUGCCCCCACUCCCGAGAGCACCGAACUGCGUGAUGCGCUGCGGGAGAUGAGAAACCGAGCCGCGGAACGGGGCCCCGAAGCCAGUGAGGCUCGAUUGAUCUCCCUUUUCGGCGAACGCUGGGCUUUUGAAAACUUGCCUCAGCCCUCUCGGACCAGCGCCACCCCCCCAGCUGGCGAAGAGCAGAGCGGCUGGCAGGAGCCUGAACGGCCGUCUCAUCCGCGAUUCCCCCGUGCGCAGCUUGAUCGCAUGUCGAUGCCUGCCCCACCGGUUGCUGCCCGGUUUGACCGCAGUCCUGACAACCUGGUUGCCGCCAGAUUCUCUGGUCGAAGGCAGCGUGUGGAGCCGCGAACGGUACCCCAGACUCUGCACCAGCGCAUCCGUCGGAUACGUCCUUCUGGACAACCCAACGAACCGUCUUUGGCUGACGGCCUCGGCGACCGCGACCGAAGCUUGAGUCCUGACGAAGACGGCGUGUGGGACACGCUGCUUACUACGCUGACACCAGAUCCGCAGCCUCCAAGUGCUGGAUCGUCCUUCGCCUCGGCGUCAGCUUCCGCAUCGGCCUCGGCAUCGGCGUCGGCCUCUGCAUCACAGUCACAGAGUGCCGCCGCAUCAUCCCGCACCUCGCUCACCGGACCCGAGACGACCGAAGAGGCUCUUGAACAGCCCUGUGAAUCUGGCCUCGACAAUUCAGACGACGAAGGCCAGGAGGCCAUGCAUGGGACCAGGUCCUGGGCAGACCACUGGACGAUGAACUAUCCCUCGAGGCACCGUCGGUUCGUCGCCGAUCUGGACGCAAACGACACGAGCAGGUUGUCAUUCAUGCGAGACGAUCCAUCAUAUAGGCGAAUCGCCAGAACGCCCGCUGCCCGUAACGCCCAAGACGACGAGGAAAUGCGAACUCGUCGACGACUCGAACUUCUUCGACAUUACCGGAUCGCCACCCGCGACCCCACUCCGCUCCCGGAGCUAUUGGAUCACAUCGUGCGGGACUCGAGCGAAGAGGCAGGAGGCCCCAGUGGCCAGGGGGAUAGCAACGGUGACGGUGACGGUGACGGUGCCUCAUCGAGCCACAACCAAUCGUCCAACGACAAUGCAUUGCAUGGAAUGCAGAUGAUUGUUCGCAACCUCGCGCGUCGGGAAGACAUUCCCGAUGAGUGGUGGGCUGGUGCCGGGCUCAGCCGGACCCUGCCAGAGGGGUCAUGAAGAGCGGCUGCGCUGCGUAUGGGUCGCUGUUACGUUCUUCCAUGAACAACAAGGAACGGCGAGCUGAUGAUGAAAAAGCCCUUGAAAAGGCAUUGGGUUUUUGACUGGGGAUUUUGGCGUUCAAGGUGUUAGACACCUGCUGUGGACAGGGCACGGUCUUGUUGGGUUUGCCGGGGCCAUGCUGCGACAUGGGCCGUCUGUAUAAUAUUGUGUAGUCGUGGAGCGGGUCGAGUUCAGUUCCUUAGGCGUCAAAUCUCUACGAGUAUGCUAGGGCUGGGCGAUAGGUGCCUCAUUUGGACGGGCGAAAGGACCCGAUAUUCUGGAGACGGAGACGAUAAUGAAAUCAACCGGCAGCCAGUCACUUGUUUGUUGUGAAGUUGGGGCAUGGCGUGGGUGACAGACAUAAUUGACAACGUGACCGGCACAGAAUGGACACUGGACAUAAACACACGAAGUCGAUAUGUCUCAGUUCCACGACCCUGUCUCAGUGGAUUUGUUCAUCGAGCGAAUGCCCUCGACAGUCGAAGAAUGAAAGCUAGCAAUAAGUGGAAGUACUAAUUCAC